AUGGUGGAUGGAGAAGACGCGGUUGAUAUGUACAAGAUGGUCUGUAAGCCAUUUAAGGAGACCGGAUACUGUGGAUAUGGAGAUUCAUGCAAGUAUUUGCACAUCAGAGAUGCAGAGAUUGAGAUAAAGCACUUUGGAGCGGAUGAUUCUGUGUGUGGGAUAUGCAAGAAGCGAUUUGAUGAGAAGGUUGUUGCGGAAUGUGGGCAUUGCUUUUGCUCGAUGUGUGCGAUGAAGAAGUACCAAUAUGAAGACGGAUGUUUAGUAUGUGGAAGCCGUACAUAUGGAAGGUUUUGGAUUGGUUAG